AUGGCUCCUACUCAAAAAAGGAACUCUUCGAGCUCGUCUCGAGGAACCAGGUCAUCACCUCGACUAGCAGAAGCCAGGAGGGCCGUAGCAGUACAACAAUCACUUGAACAAGCAAGUCUCUCGGAUCCGGGAGAUGAUAUCGGUCCAGGAGAUGCUGAAAAUGAAGAAGAAAAUGAAGAAGAAGAGACGCCGGCUCCCAACGAAGGAAACGACGAAUUCAAUCCAGUGGAUCCUGCGGACGACAGACCGUUUCAGUUUUCUCGCGCGGAGCAGAGAAAGAGAGGUAAAGCCUCACGUAGGAGGAGUUUCGGGUCAAGCCUUGCACCAUCCGCUUACGACCCCGAUGCGUCGACAUGGGAGAGUGGGAGAACGCCAGUUGCCACGGGAGCCUACCGACCGGGAGCAUUUGGAUGGCAAGCACCUAAACAAGAAAGCCAGCGUAGUGGCGGGGUCCAAAAAAGUGUCAGCUCGUCUAGCAAAAGAUUUUUCAGAGAAACCAGAUCCCUCACGCUCAGAAAGUCGAAUCCUGAACGUCGCAAGCUCUACUCGAGAGGGACCCUCAUAUCACUCGCUUACCAUGUCUCGAACUUGAGACGGGGUGUGAAAGCCGGCGAUGAGGGCGUUUCGGACACUCCCGAGGGGCUGGUUUACUCGAAGAGACGGAUGGCGGUCGUAGUAUGGCGAUUUCUGGAGUGCAUGGUCUGUGUACCGUUGUACAGCUGGGGAGGAGACGGCAUUUCUAACAAGAGCCCAGACCUGCAUAGAGAGUACAUUGAGAUAACUAAUGCCACAGAGAUCGCAGACUAUGCCCAACAGGGGGUGUAUGAACCAAUUGGAGCGCAAAUGCGACGUCCACUCGAUAAAGUGGGCGCCGUUUGUGUGGCGGAGAUUUUCUCCGUAAGGUAUGAGGAUAGAAUUGAGGUUAUUGGACAGCUUACACCGGAAAGUGCCGACCAACUUAUGAGGGUGAUGGAGUUGCUUAUGGGGGAAAGCAACGUAGAGGAGGCUUCGGCCGCCGGAGGGUCUUGA